AAAAAAAAAAAAAAAAAAAGAUGAUGAUGAGUUUGGCCCUGCUUGCGACUAUAAAAACUCAUCUCUCUCCAACCCUUCCUUCCUUUUUCUUCUUUUUUCUUCUUUUUACUUUCUCCUUCUCAAUCUCAACAACAACCACUGCAACAUCAGCUUUUUCUUUUUUCUUUUUUUUUCUUUCCCCAGAAACCUUUCUACCCCCCAAGAACCUUAUCACACACAAACCGUUGUUUGGCUACCAUAUUCUUUGGCAGCCAACCCCGAGUCUAGCAACCACGUUUUCCAACCAGCUUGCCAGUCUCCACAACCCCCACCGCGGAAGAAAGAGAACGAGUCCCAAGCCUAAAGCAUCCAAGUAACGAGACUCGCUCUGCCCCAGACGUUUCUUCCACGAUUACCCACUAGUACCCCCCCC